CAGACAAAAACUUAGAGUAGCCUAAAUGUAAAGUCACUAGUUAACAAAGUACAACCUAGUCCAACUCACAAGAAAGAGAAUUCAGGACAACGGAGUUUAAAUGUUCUGUACAGUUUUGGUUUUUCUGACCCUCUGGGUCAGUUCAACACGUUGCUCAGGAAGUUGUGUCCAGUUUGAACUCGCACAGGAAGUGUCGCCGACUGAGUCCAUACAGGUUAUAUCUAACUACUCGGCCGCUUCCAGGACGGAGCUGUUCGGCGUAUGUGCCCCUAGGUGUAUGAAAGACAUUCGGUGCAAUGCUUUCGACAUUUGUAAUGGCGAGUGCCGAACCAUCAGAGGAUGGCUUCCGGUAUAUACAGACAGUGGAUCUGGGAAUGUGUGUGAACGCCAUCAAAUCGACUGUGAUGCUGGUUAUUAUUAUGACAGACAAACAGAGAGAUGUGUUCGUCAUUAUUACUGUGAUUUUGAAUUGGUGACUGAAACAUCGUGCUUUCUCUCGGAAUCACAUACAGACAAUGCUGAUUGGACACGGCGCACGGGAACAACUCCGUAUUCUAAUACUGGCCCGUCGUCAGCAAAGUUUGGGAGUUAUUACAAGUAUCUCCAGUCAGCAUAUUACGCGGGAUAUACAGGCAUUCUCGAAAGCAUCGAACACUUUGAAGAUAAAACAUACUGCCUUUCGCUUUACUAUCAUAUGUAUGGCAGCUAUAUGAACAGUUUGUUAAUUUCCACGCAAAAUGGCACUGAUACCCCUAUUAACCACUGGACCAUGACGGGUAACCAAGGAAACGCGUGGUACAGACUGUCGGGUCUAAACCUUCAAUUAGAUCAUAAUACAAAGGUUUUAAUCACAGGAGAACAAGGAUCUUACUACGCUGGAGAUAUUGGCAUAGAUUUCGUACAGCUUUGGCCGUUUGCGUGCCCUUACAGUGUCUGA